UCACGUGCUCUGGUUGACCUUCACCCUAGCGCACCCAUCCUAGCCCAAAAUUUCCCACCAACCUCAACCCAUCAUACACCCCCACCACACCCCCACCAACAACGAACAUCGCCACAAUGUUCCCGACGGCCACGCUCCUCAAAAAGGUCCUCCCAAUCGGCGGCUGGGUCAAUUCACGCGUCCUCAAAGACCACAGCAAGCGCGUCGCCUUCGCAGCAGCGGAGGAACGGCGCCAGGCGCUGCGGUUCAUCACGCGCAACACGCAGCUCUCGCAGAUGCAGCGGCUGAAGGCGCAGCUGGAACUCAACUCGAUGCACGCGCAUACCCGCCCAACGCAGAUCAAGAACCGGUGCAUCAUGGCCGGCAAGGGGAGAGGUGUCUUUCGCGACUUUAGGAUGUGCAGGUUCCAGUUCAGAUUGAAUGCCCUGGCGGGCGAUCUGCCGGGCGUGAAGAAGGCGAGUUGGUAAACGGGGGAGAGGGGGAUUGGGAUGGGUGUAUGAUACGUGCUGCGAUUGGAAUAGAAGGCGAUAUAGUACUGUCGGGCUGGAUUGGAGGUACUAUACCUACU